AGGUCCAGAGCCUAGAAUUUUCGUAAUGGAACCAGAAUUAAUAAAGGAAAUAGUAAUGAACAACAACAUUUUCAAAAAACCAAAACCAACUCCAUUGGUACAACUUCUUGUGAGUGGCAUCUCAAGUUAUGAGGACCAGAAAUGGGCCAAGCACAGGAAAAUUCUUAACACUGCAUUCUACGCCGAGAAGUUGAAGUGUAUGGUGCCAGCAAUGCACAAAAGUUGUGAGGAUAUGAUGAACAAGUGGGAAAUUCUAAUUUGCAAUAAAAAUAAAUCAUGUGAAUUGGAUGUACAUCCAUAUUUUGAAGAUUUAACAAGUGAUGUGAUUUCAAGAACAGCAUUUGGAAGUAGCUAUCAAGAAGGGAUGAAAAUCUUUCAACUUCAAAAAGAAUUAGCUGAACUCACACGUCAAGCUUUCCAAUCUGUUUAUAUUCCUGGAUGGAGGUUUUUACCAACAAGAAGAAAUAGAAGAAUGAAAGGCAUUGACAAUGAACUCAAACAUACAUUAAGGAAGAUUGUCAACAAAAGAGACAGAUCCAUGAAUUUGGGAGAAACUCAAGAGGAUUUGUUAGGCAUUUUAUUAAAGUCCAAUAUGAAGGAAAUUCAACAAAAUGGGAGCAAAUUUGGUAUGACAACUGAUGAAGUAAUAGAAGAAUGCAAAGUUUUUUAUUUUGCUGGCCAAGAGACCUCUUCAAAUUUAUUAGUUUGGACUAUGGUUUUAUUAAGUGUGCACCAAAAUUGGCAAACUAGAGCUAGAGAAGAAGUUCAACAAGUCUUCCACAACAAUAAUCCAGAUUUUGAAGGGUUAAAUCGUCUCAAAAUUGUUACUAUGAUUCUGAAUGAGGUACUAAGGUUAUAUCCACCAGCACCAUAUUUCCUAAGAAAAGCAAAUCAAGAAACAAAGCUAGGAAAAAUGAAUAUUCCACCUGAAGUAAUCUUGAUGAUACCAACAAUAUUUAUUCAUCAUAAUGAAGAAUUAUGGGGUGAUGAUGUUAAAGAAUUCAAGCCAGAUAGAUUUUUUCAAGGAAUUGCAAAAGCAACAAAGGAUAAACUUUGUUUUUUACCUUUUAGUUGGGGUCCUCGUAUUUGCAUUGGCAAUAAUUUUGCUAUGAUGGAAACAAAGAUUGCCUUAGCUAUGAUCCUUCAACGUUUUGAAUUUGAGCUUUCUCCAUCUUAUACUCAUGCACCUACUUAUGUGGUUACUCUUCAACCUCAAUGUGGUGCUCACUUAAUCUUGAAAAAGUUAUAGGCAACAUUGUUCGGAUUCUUCAAGAAAUGUAUUACUUUUCGAGGAUCAGUUUUAUCCAUGUGAUUACUCUUCAACCUCAAUGUGGUGCUCACUUAAUCUUGAAAAAAUUAUAGGCAACAUUAUUCGGAUUCUUCAGAAAUGUAUUACUUUUCAAGGAUCAACUUUACGUACUUAUUUUGAAGAGAUUGAACAACAUGUGUUAUAGGUCAUGUAUUAUUCUGGAUUUGUUAUUAUGAGUCAUGGAAGUAGUCAUGUUUGCAUUAUUGUAGGUUGUUUAUAUUAUAAACUUUGUGUGCCUAACAGAUCCUCCAUCUUUCAUGUUGUUAACUUCUUUCUUUGUCCUUUAUUUGGGCUUUUUGUUAUCCAUUUAGAAUUGUGGUACUUUCUUAUUUGUCA